AACAAAUAACCAGUUACUAUUGGUUUCUUCAGCUGUCUAAGCAGCUUAUUUAUGCCUGACCCACACAGUUCUUCAGCAUAUUUGUGACCAGCUUUAGAGGGUUUGUCAGCAUGCCUAACAGUGGAGAGACUCUUAGGAAAAAAUUAAAAGAUGAAAAUGCAAUGAAUAUUUCAGAAAGCUAUGAAAAUGGAACCUUUACAGAUGCACAGACUGUCUGCAGAGAUUUGCUGCCUCAUUUGGAGGAGACCCAAGAUGAAAGCAUAGAGCCAGCAGAGUCUCUGUGGACUUCCUUUGCUGAUGGCAGAGUCAGACUGAGAAUAGAUAACUCAUGUCCGCAGACACCCAUAACGGUUCAUCAGAUGUUCAAGGAGAGCCUGGAAAAAUAUGGAUCCUUUAAUGCUUUGGCCAGCAAAAAGAAUGGGAAGUGGGAGAAGAUAACCUUUUCAGAAUAUUAUUGCCUCUCCAGGAAAGCGGCCAAGAGCUUCUUGAAGCUUGGUCUUGAACGAUUCCACAGCGUAGCAAUCCUGGGAUUUAAUUCUCCAGAAUGGUUCAUCUCAGCUGUUGGAGCUGUUUUUGCUGGAGGAAUUGUCACAGGAAUAUAUACAACCAAUUCUCCAGAGGCCUGCCACUACAUUGCUCAUGACAGCAAAACCAAUAUCAUGGUUGUGGAAAAUCGGAAACAACUGGACAAGAUAAUGCAGAUCUGGAAUCGCUUGCCACACUUGAAAGCUGUUGUGCUAUAUAAGGACUCCAUUCCAGAGAGACAUCCGUAUUUGUAUACGAUGGAAGAGUUUCUGGAAUUGGGAAAUGACAUAUCUGAUACGACUUUGGAUUAUAUUAUUAACUCCCAAAAGCCGAAUCAGUGCUGCGUGCUAAUAUACACAUCUGGAACAACUGGGAAGCCAAAAGGAGCCAUGCUGAGUCAUGACAAUAUAACUUGGACAUCAGCACAUUGCAGCAGAGCAGGAGAUAUGCAACCUGCAGAGGUCCAACAGGAGUCUAUAGUCAGUUAUCUCCCACUCAGCCACAUAGCAGCGCAGAUAUAUGACCUGUGGACUGGAAUCAAAUGGGGAGAGCAAGUUUACUUUGCUGAGCCAGAUGCUCUGAAGGGCAGCUUGAUCAACACGUUAAAAGAAGUGCAGCCAACAUCUCACAUGGGAGUUCCCCGAGUAUGGGAGAAAAUCAUGGAGAAAUUAAAAGAUGCUUCUGCUCGGUCAGGAUUUAUGAAGAAGAAAAUUCUGUCAUGGGCUAUGUCACUUAGCUUAGAGAGAAAUCUAAACUGCUCAAGCAGUGAUUUAAGGCAGUUCUGGACAAGGUUAGCAGACUACUUAGUGCUUGCAAAAAUACGCAAUGCACUGGGUUUUUCUUCCUGUAAGAAGCACUUUUCUGGUGCUGCUCCUCUCAAUAAAGAAACACUGUAUUUCUUCCUGGGUCUGAACAUCACCCUAUAUGAGGCCUAUGGGAUGAGUGAGACCACAGGCCCACAUUGCCUAUCUGGGCCCUAUAUUUACAGGCAGCACAGCUGUGGUAAACCAGCACCUGGCUGCAGAGUGAAAUUGGUGGACGAAGAUACAGAAGGCAAUGGAGAAAUCUGUUUCUGGGGAAGGACUGUUUUCAUGGGUUAUUUAAACAUGGAAGACAAAACAAAAGAAGCUUUUGAUGAGGAUGGGUGGCUGCAUUCUGGAGAUUUAGGAAAACUAGACAAAGAUGGCUUUCUCUAUGUCACUGGAAGAAUUAAAGAUUUGAUUGUUACAGCUGGGGGUGAAAAUGUGCCUCCAAUUCCAAUUGAAGAUGCUGUUAAAAAAGAACUCCCAAUUGUUAGUAAUGCUAUGGUGAUUGGAGAUAAAAAGAAGUUUUUGUCAAUGUUGCUGACCCUAAAGAGCAUGCUGGACCCAGAUACAUCUGAUCCCACUGACAUUCUCACUGAGCAAGCUCGAGACUUCUGCCAGAAGACUGGUAGUAAAGCCACUAAAGUAUCAGAGAUUGUAGCUACAAGGGACCAGGCAAUCUACCGGGCCAUUCAGGAGGGGAUCAAUAACGUCAACAUGAAUGCUACUAAUAGGGUUCAUUGUAUUAAAAAAUGGAUAGUCCUGCCAAGAGAUUUUUCCAUUUCUGGGGGAGAACUAGGUCCGACAAUGAAGUUAAAAAGGCUCACCGUGCUUGAGAAAUACAGAAAUGAAGUAGACUCCUUCUACGAAGAAUAAGAAGUCUUUCAUCCAAGCAUUAAGAAAGAUCUGUGAGCUAAAGAAAGUAUUUCCUAAUCAAAAGCAUUCACAAAGAUGAUGCUUGUUUUGGUUUUGUAGUCUAUUGCACUGAACCAGUAGAAAACUAGUGUCAAUGUAGUUGUUCCUGAUAGAUUGUCCAUUUUUUACAGAAGCAUCUACACAGCAUCUGUUUUCUAAUAAUAUUGUUCUUGCUUUAUGUCCUAAAUGACUAAGAUUAAAAACAUCCUCUUGUGUUGUAUAAAGUGGGUAUAACUAAUUAAUUCCACUAAAUAUUGAAACAGAAGGAAAAUUUUUUAUACAUUGAUCUUCCCUUGUAAUUUUUUUUCUCUAUAGGUUGUCUGUAGCUCUUGGUACAUUUUGGUAGAUCAGUAAUUAGCAGUGCUGCUUAGUGAAACUUAGACCACUCCGAUAAUGAAGGUAGUUAUUAAAAAACAAAAAAGGGGGGGGGGGGGGGGAACAAAACAAAGGGGCUGGUUUUUUCCCUCCCAAGGACAAGUUUAUUUUUGUUCACUAACACAUUUCUAAACCUAAAGACACUCCUCUUCCAUUUUUAGUGGCUAGAAUUCAGACUUUGAGAAAGCAGCAGCUCAUAAUUUCUUAAAUUCAUGUUAAAAUAAGCAUUACUAUUUCUCCUAGAAACAAAUAAUCAAAAAGUUGGAGGAAUAGCUCCCUAAGGUUGAAAGACACAAAGUGGCAAAUACAGGCGUUCUCACAUUAAAGUGCUAUUUAGAACAGAAAAUUGUUUACAGCACAUUUUUAAGUGAAAGUUUUAGAAGCAAUGUUUGUCAGUUUGUUGCAACACUACCUGCAUGUUUCAAUAUUCACAUUGUACUAAUUCUGAAAAAUGAGAGCUGCAUUUCUUCUUCCCUUUAUAUAAAAAUUGUACUAGGUGAAGGACAUACUUGAAAAAAAAGUUGUCUAAAGGUUUGCCAUUAGUAAGUGAUCUUUGGCAGAGAGUUAUAAUAGCUAACACAAGCAGGCAGGCUACAGCUACUGUUGAUCAAAAAAAUCAUGCAGUAUAGGGUGUUGUUUGUUUCCAUGAAAGCUCCAUUACCAGUCUUACACAUAAGAUUUCUUGCAAGUACCAACAAUCAGCUCAACACACAAGACAAGAUAGCAGCUUAGGAUUAUACAAGCCAAACAAGUAAUAGGGCUUUGAAAAGUUUAUUUUUCCUCAUUUUGUGCGUAAUGGUAGUUCAGAAGUUUAACAGUAUUAAUCUAAAGGAAGCAAGGAAGUAGCAGCUUGUAAAACACAAAGAAAUUUUGUCCAUUUCACCAAAAGCAGAGUGCACAAGGAAUAAUAAAGCUCAUUGUUCCUCCUCCAAUCUGUUGUUAGACUGUACAAGAAAAGCUGGGAUGGUUACUUUAUAAAGUGACACUAGCAGUUACUCAAAAUUGAUUUUACCUGUGAAACAACCAGCCUAAAUAGUCUUAAUAGAAAGUAA